AUGUUAUACGACUUACAUGCGAAGUGCGUCGAACUUUCUGCAAGAACUGCCGAUAACAUAAGAGAAGACAAAGGACUUCGUUGGUGUUGUGCAAAGUGCAAAGAAUUCAAUGUUGAGUUAUAUGCAUUUUUUAAGAAUACUCGCAGUGAAUUCGAAACAAUAAAUAAUGAACUAAAUAAUAUAAACGCAGUUCCAUCUAAUAUUGAAAUUCCAACGGAUCAACAACCAUCAACCAGUUUAGUCGCCGACUACACUAGACUUAAUACUCUGCCGCCUUCUGGCCUAUUGACUCCAUCGAACACAGCUGCUUUAUCCAGUGCUCCUAGUGCCUCUGCCUUACCGUCUGGAACAACAACAUUUUACACUCCACAGGCUACACCCAAACUACCAACUACGACUCCUAAACCACUUAAAGUUGCCCCGAAUAAGAAAGCGAUUUUUGCAGCGAAGUUCGCUGCUGAAACUUCCACUGAUGGCAUGUUAUUUUAUAUAAAACCCAAGAUUGACAUUGAUGUUGAAUUGAGUGUUUACAAAUUUAAGUGCCAUGAAAGGCAGACGCGCAAGGAGCAGUGUUUCAUGUGUCCAAAAGUUGGUUCGUUCAUGCGUUCGUUUGUGGGUGUUGCCUUGUCAUAA